UGGAGACAGCUACUAUAGUCCCACUCUGUGACCAAAGAUGGCCGUUGUGCUUGAUGCCUUCAUCUCCGGGCUGGUCCGUACGUUGAAGGACAUGGCUAAAGAGAAGGUGGACUUGCUGUUGGGCGCUCCCGGGGAGAUCCAAAAGCUCCAACGCACUCUUCACAAUAUCCAAUCCGUCCUUCAUGAUGCCGAGCAGCGCCGAAUCGACGACAAGGCUAUCAUGUACUGGCUGACUGAGCUGAAGGAUGUCAUGUACGACGCCGACGACGUCCUCGACGAGUGCCGGAUGGAGGCCGCGAAGUGGACUCCUCGUGAGUCCGAUCCGAAGCGGUCCACCUUGUGCGGAUUUCCCAUCUUUGCUUGCUUUCGCGAGGUCAAGUUCAGACAUGCGGUGGGCGUCAAAAUCAAGGGUGUCAACGAUCGGCUGGAAGAGAUCUCGGCCCGAAGGUCCAAGCUGCAACUCCAUGUGUCUGCGGCCGAACCAAGGGUGGUUCCUCGAGUUAGUCGCAUAACUUCCCCCGUGAUGGAGUCUGACAUGGUUGGCGAGCGACUGGAGGAGGACGCCAAGGCACUGGUGGAGCAGCUGACAAAGCAAGAUCCGAGUAAGAACGUGGUGGUGCUGGCAAUUGUGGGGAUCGGCGGCAUCGGAAAGACCACCCUCGCUCAGAAGGUGUUCAAUGAUGGUAAAAUCAAAGCCAGCUUCCGCACCACCAUCUGGGUGUGCGUGUCCCAAGAGUUCAGCGAGACGGAUCUUCUCGGAAAUAUCAUUGAAGGUGCUGGUGGAAAAUAUAAUAGAGAACAGAGCAGGAGUCAGCUGGAGCCCUCGGUGGAGGGUAUCCUGAGAGGGAACAAGUUCUUGCUGGUGUUGGAUGAUGUUUGGGAUGCUCAGAUCUGGGACGACUUGCUCCGCAAUCCUUUGCAUGGAGGAGCAGCAGGGAGCAGGGUGCUGGUGACCACCAGAAACGUAGGGAUCGUGACGCAAAUGAAGGCGGCCCUCGUCCACAGGAUGAAGCAACUGCCUCCAGAGGAUGGCUGGUCCCUCCUGUGCAAGAAGGCGACGAUGAAUGCAGAGGAGGAAAGGGAUGCCCAAUAUCUAAAGGACACAGGCAUGAAGAUUGUUGAGAAAUGCGGCGGGCUUCCCCUGGCCAUCAAGACCAUCGGAGGGGUCCUCCGCGACAGAGGACUCAACAGAAGUGCGUGGGAGGAAGUUCUCCGCAGCGCCGCAUGGUCACGGACCGGGCUUCCCGACGGUGUGCAUGCAGCACUGUAUCUGAGCUACCAAGACUUGCCGUCCCAUCUCAAACAAUGCUUUCUCUACUGUGCCUUUUUGCGCGAAGACCGUGUGUUCCACAUGUUACCCAUCGUCAGAUUAUGGAUAGCCGAGGGGUUUGUUGAAGCACGAGGAGAUGUCAGCUUGGAGGAAACAGGGGAGCAAUAUUACAGAGAGCUGCAUCAUAGGAGCCUUCUACAAGCGCAAUUUUCCCAUUCGGACGAUGAUCAUUCCAAGAUGCAUGACCUGCUGCGAUCUCUCGGCCAUCUCCUAUCGAGAGAUGAGAGCUUGUUCAUUAGUGACGUGCAAAAUGAGUGGAGAAGUGCUGCCGCCCCGAUGAAGCUGCGUCGGUUGUCGAUUGUGGCCACUGAAACCACGGACAUCCAGCAUGUCGUCAGUUUGACCAAGCAACAUGAGUCGGUGAGGACAUUGUUGGUGGAGGGAACACGUAACAAUAUGGAGGAUAUAGAUGAUUGCUUGAAGAACCUCGUGCGACUUAGAGUCCUCCAUUUUACAGGCAAUCUUAUGCACACAAAAAUUGAUAUUCUACCUCACUAUAUCGGAAAUUUGAUACACUUGAGAUACUUGAAUGUGUCUUGGACCCGUAUAACGGAGCUUCCAGAGAGCAUAUGCAAUCUGACGAAUUUACAGUUUUUGAUCCUCACAGGAUGUAGACAGUUGACACAUAUCCCCCGGGGCAUAGAUGGGCUGGUCAAUCUAAGGACACUCGAUUGUCAAAGUACACGACUGGAGAGCUUUCCAUAUGGAAUAGGAAGGUUGAAGCACCUCAAUGAACUCCGAGGAUUCGUCGUGAACACGGGUAAUGGUCCGUGCCCAUUGGAAGUACUAGGCGGCCUCCAGGAGCUCAGAUACCUCUCCAUUUCGUUGGAGAGGACGUGGCUGGAAGCUCAAUCCGGAAGGGAUACGAGCGGAUUAAAAGGUAACAAAAAACUGAAGCAUCUACAUUUUCGUUGCUCGUCCACACCGACAACCUAUGGUCACACGAAGAACCAGAUUGAAAGAAUCGACAAGGUGUUGGAUGUGGCACUUCAUCCACCGUCAUUUGUUGUUUCGCUCACGUUAGACAAUUUCUUCGGCCUCCGGUACCCCAGCUGGAUGGCGUCUGCAAGCAUCAGUUCGCUUCUUCCAAACAUAAGACGUUUGGAACUAUUUGACUGCGAUCAUUGGCCACAGCUUCCACCACUAGGGAAGCUCCCCAGUUUGGAGUUUCUUGAAAUAGUAGGUGCACGUGCAGUGACCACCAUCGGACCGGAAUUUUUUGGGUGUGAAGCUGCUGCUACUGGUCAUGAACGGGAACGGAAUUCAAAGCGCCCUUCUUCUUCUUCUUCUUCUUCUUCUUCACCUUCUCCUCUGUUGUUUCCGAGUCUAAGGCAGCUGCAACUCUGGAAUAUGACUAACUUGGAAGUGUGGGAUUGGGUAGCGGAAGGUUUUGCUAUGCGUCGCCUAGACAAAUUGGUCCUCCAUAAUUGCCCCAAGUUGAAGUCUCUACCGGAAGGCCUGAUCCGACAGGCAACCUGCUUAACCACAUUGAAUCUGUGGGAUGUGUGUGCUCUCAAGUCCAUCAGAGGUUUCCCUUCUGUGAAACAACUGAGGAUAAGUGGUGAAUCAGAUCUGGAGAUUGUUGCUGAUCUCCCUGCACUGGAGGUCUUGGAGUUGGGCCCGUUUGGGCGUCUCAACAAUCAUUUACCAGAGUGGUUGGCGCAACAAUCAUUUACUACGCUCCAGAGACUGGACGUAAGUGGAACCACCCAACAACUCGUCAGAUGCCUCCAAAAUGGCGCAGACUGGCCCAUGAUCGAACGCUUUCCAAUUUUUUCCAUCAGAGAUGGCCGAGGCAAUUAUAUAAACUACAUCAAGCAUUCCUGCACCUUCGACACAAACCUAGUCGAUGAUGAUGCUGUUUUUGCUGCUGUUGCUGCUGAAGAAGAAGAAGAAAAAAGAAGAAGACAUCAAUGAUCUUUGAGGGAGAUCGACAUCAUCCACGAUGUAAUUGGCAGUCAUGUCUAAUAUGAUCAUUGCAAAUGGAGCUGACCAGUGUCUGUCUGUUUCCUCGGCUUCCCUCACCUUCUUAUACAUGUAGCUCUAUUUUUUAUGGUGAUUAAUUCAAUGCUGUGUAUGUUGGCAGUGAAAUGUCUUGAUCAGAGUAUUUGUAGCAUGUCAUUGGUUUUGGAAUGUUAGAUCGGAAAAAAGAUUAU